CUGUCGCUGAAGCUUCAAGCAGCGUUUAGCCAUGGCUUUCGUCGCCAAGAAGCCUCCCUCCUCCUCCGGCGACGAGAACCAGACCACGGAGGUGGCCCGAAGCCCCGUCAGCAACUCCCUCUACCUCAAGGGUCCGGACGCAGGAGGCGGCGCGGAGCGGCGGUCCCUCGACAAGGACGUCGUGCUCAGCAGGAUCCGCCACCGGAAGCGCGUCAACCGGCUGGUGACCGUUCUCCAGUCCCACCUCCGUUCGCAACCGGCCAUGGAGAAGGACGGUGAGCCCAGCAGAUGGCUCGAUGAUGCCUUCUCUUGCCCUUGAUGAUGAUGAUGAUGAUGAUGGCAGGACUCUCGAUGGUGAGGAAGAUGUGAGGGUAGCUCAAGAAA